AUCCGCGGCCCGGAGAACUGCCGCUUGCCGCCAUUGACACGCACAGAUACAACCCCAAGAAAGGCAGGGUCCUGCCCAGCACCGGCGGCACGCGGGCCGAACCUGCGGCCGGGAUUGGCGCGCACUAGGCCACCGGGCGCCCGGAGCCCGCGGUGCAGCACCAGUAUUGUGUAGGUGCCAAUAGACCACUCUGUCAGCAAGCUGAGAGGAAAAUCGAGGCAAGAUGUCAGGCCGGAGCGGGAAGAAGAAAAUGUCCAAGCUGUCCCGGUCAGCCAGGGCCGGCGUCAUCUUUCCAGUAGGCCGGUUGAUGCGCUACUUGAAAAAGGGAACCUUCAAGUACAGGAUCAGCGUAGGUGCUCCCGUCUACAUGGCUGCGGUCAUUGAGUACCUAGCAGCGGAAAUCCUGGAGUUGGCUGGGAACGCUGCGAGGGACAACAAGAAGGCACGGAUAGCUCCCAGACACAUCCUGCUGGCCGUUGCCAACGACGAGGAACUCAACCAGCUACUGAAAGGAGUGACUAUCGCCAGUGGGGGUGUCCUGCCGAGAAUCCACCCCGAACUGCUGGCCAAGAAGCGAGGGACCAAAGGCAAGUCAGAGACGAUCCUCUCCCCACCCCCAGAGAAAAGAGGAAGGAAGGCUGCAUCAGGCAAGAAGGGGGGUAAGAAAUCCAAGGCCACCAAGCCACGGACGUCCAAGAAGUCUAAAGCAAAGGACAGCGAUAAAGAAGGAACAUCAAAUUCCACCUCGGAGGAUGGGCCGGGAGAUGGCUUCACCAUCUUGUCUUCGAAGAGCCUCGUUCUGGGGCAGAAGCUAUCCCUGACCCAGAGUGACAUCAGCCAUAUUGGCUCCAUGAGGGUGGAGGGCAUCGUCCACCCAACCACAGCCGAGAUCGACCUCAAGGAAGAGAUAGGGAAAGCCUUGGAAAAGGCUGGGGGUAAAGAGUUCUUGGAAACAGUGAAGGAGCUUCGCAAGUCCCAAGGCCCUUUGGAAGUCGCUGAAGCUGCUGUCAGCCAAUCCAGUGGACUCGCAGCCAAAUUUGUCAUCCACUGUCACAUCCCCCAGUGGGGCUCCGACAAAUGUGAAGAACAGCUGGAAGAGACCAUCAAAAACUGCCUGUCUGCAGCAGAGGACAAGAAGCUUAAAUCCGUCGCCUUCCCACCGUUCCCCAGUGGCAGAAACUGCUUCCCCAAACAGACGGCCGCCCAGGUGACCCUCAAGGCCAUCUCGGCUCACUUCGACGACUCGAGCUCGUCCUCGCUGAAGAAUGUGUACUUCCUGCUCUUCGACAGCGAGAGCAUCGGCAUCUACGUGCAGGAGAUGGCCAAACUGGACACCAAGUAGCUCUCUCCAGCGGCAGAGAAGGAGGAGGAUCGGCGUGACGUCACAAGAGCGGGGGUUUUAUUUUUUACAAGGAUUGCAGAAGGGUGACGGGGCAUGGGAGCGGAGGGUGGCUGAGAGGGUGAACGGAGGCAGCGGGAACGGGUCCUGCCUGCCUGGGGAAGGGGUCCGGUGCGUUUUAUAUUCUCUUUACAAAGGGCCUCUCUUCCACAGUUAACCAGGUCUCCACCAGGGCUUUCUUUCCAUGUGUUUUUCUUCCUGUUGUUUUAGAACUUUUUCAAAAACAAACAAGACAAACAAACAUAAAAAUAGGCCUUCUUUAGAUUUAUAGCAGUGACUUUUACACACACACACACACACACACACACAAAAUCCGUUCACAGUUUCUGUGUCUUUGGGUUCCUCCUUUUUCCAAGAGAAAAGGAUGUGACUGCCUAACCUAGGUAUACUGGCUGUCUCCCUCAGUGGAGAAGAUGAGAAGAACAUCUUGGGGUGCUUUUCUGUUAUAGGGUCCCCUCCCUGACGCCUAAAAUAUUUGUAACUACACCUAAAAGGGUUUUGCUUCGGGAUUUUUGUUUGUUCGGUUUUUUUGUUUUUUUAAAGAAAAAGAAAAAUGAGAAGAAAAAAAUGAAAGCUCCAGCGUCUUUCUUA